AUGGAACAUGUGAAAGAUCCUGGUAUUACGAGUCUAAUUCGAGGCUAUUUAUGCUAUACUGAAGAAGAUAGUAGUCAUUUAAAUGUUGCCGGUUGGAAUUAUCCCGACGUUCCAGCAACUUAUACAGAUGGUGCUUUCUUCAUGAGGAUUCCUCUUUAUCAUUUAUUAGGAAUUUUCACAGACUACAAAAUGGCUAUAUCUGGAAAGCAUACUUUACGUUUGGUGGGAGCUCGCAAUGAUGCCAAUUGUAUGCUAAUUACUGGAGCUGAUACUAAAGCAGAACUUGUUAUAGAAAACAUUGAUUUAAAAGUGAAAUACAUUAUUCCGAAUGAUGGCCUAAAAAUACAACUUUUACAAUCGGUCAAGACCGAUCGACCCAUUCUAAUUCCUUUUAGAAAGUGGGAAUUACAUGAAUUACCUGCUCUUAAUGUGGGUUCAACCAAAGAAGAAAAUUCAACAUCUUUAUGGGAGAAAAUAUCCGAAUAG